UGAUCAGAAGAAUAAAUCGCGUGGUCCAGGAUGAUCCUGGUACCAGGUUGGACGCAAGAGGGACCCCUGAAAAUUCUAAUGGUAGCUCAUCCAGCUAUGGCGGCGCAAGGACUUCCGGGAGUCUCUUGAGGAAGGUUCCAGGUCAGAGGAGCUCGAGGACUCUGGGUAGGGGCAAGGAGCUGCCGAACGACACGAAAAGACAUACGGACGCGAUGGUCUCCGAUUUUCUCCCAGUUUCGGGAGAGCGUCGAGACGCGAGACGUCUUUCGAGACCGUCGACUUUACCGAAAGCUGUGACCAGGGUCGACCUGGUCCAACGUGCUGCCAAGUUCAGUAAGGAUCCGGCGGGUAGGGAAAGUCCGAUCUAUGGGAGGAUUCGUAGAGGAGUGAUUGGACCAGUGAUCGAGGAAGAUCAGUAUCGAUCGGGAUCGAUCUUCAGGACGCGUCGGACCAAUUCUUUGCCGAAUAACGAUAUGACUGUGGGUGGUAGAAGAGGUGGUUAUGGGAGAGUAUUGCGGAGGAGUUCGAAAUCAUCUGCUAUUGAUGAUGAGAUUAGAUCAUUGGUCCAGGAUCAGGGAAGCUAUGCUGUAAAUCAAUAUAGAUCGAUACCAGUCUCCCGACGGAGGAUUAUUGAGAAUAUUAAAAGUGACGAAUUCAAAUGUCAAAGAGGGGGCAACGAUAAAUUUGAUAAUGAUAAAGGAUCUAUCGUUAUGGGUAGAUCCUCUAGAUCUCCUUACGAACCUCAUUACGCGAGACUUGACUUGGACAUGGGAGGGUCCGGUAUCUAUGCUCGUCCCAUGAGAAGAAAAAGUGUGGCUGAGACUAGAAAUCUACAGAGUUUAGAGAUCGAUAGAUCUGUGAGAGAUCGAUCGGUCGAGAUUCAUAAGAAGCAUGUCGCACAAUCGGAUAGACACCGAUCUAUGGAGAAAGAUCGAUCUGCUGGCUCGAUUUUGGAAAGUGAUAAAAAUUUUUUUAAAUCCAGACAAAAUAAAUAUUUUGAUACUCGAUCGGUUUCAAAAUGUCAAUCGGAACGCACCCUUACGCGCGUAGGUAAAUCGGAAAUCUUUGAUACCGGAAAUACGAGCGUCGACAAGCGACUUCCGGUAUCACCAUCUACCUUACCAGCAAUAUCGCAACGACACACUUCCUCGCGGACCGGAAGUCACCUCAAGAAAAUGGAAACGAAGAGUUUGGAGCGACAGAAAAUAUUUUCGAUGGUUCCAAAAGUGACUUCGAAAACUCCAAAAGAAAAAUUAAAUUUUGUCAAAAAAUCGGUUACUUCCCAUUUACGAGCUUUGAGCGAUGCCCACAGCAUCCGCUCCGUGUCUCCCGCUCCGGCAUCUUCGAUUUUUGGUUUUUGUACCGGUCGAAGGAAAACUGUCAAAAUUCCAACCAGAAUCGCAAAUCCGGUUCCUUACAAAGGAUGGAUUAAAAAGACGGGUGAACUAGUGUGGUUCGACCCGGGCGUCGGUCACGUGUUACCAGGAGAAGUCCUGGAAUAUCAUAAAGCAGCCAAUGUCCUUUCCGUCCAGGCAGUAAUAGCAGGAAAGCCACAAAUUUUUACUCUCACUAAUCUCAGUGGAGUCAAGCCCAGGCAGGAUUUGGGACAAAAUGGUGUGGAGGAUAUGAUACAGUUAUCGGACCUGAACGAAGCUUCUUUAUUAUGGAACUUGAAGAUUCGAUACGACAAGGAGCUAAUUUAUACCUACACAGGAAGUAUCCUAGUAGCUGUCAAUCCGUACAAGAUGUUUGAUAUUUAUGGUCUGGACCAAGUGAAGCUGUACGAAGGAAGAAUCCUUGGCACGUUACCUCCCCACCUCUUCGCUGUGGGUUCUUCAGCUUACAGUCAGGUGUCAGCAGCCAACAAUUCCAGUGCUAAUCAAGUGGUGGUAAUAUCCGGUGAAUCCGGAUCAGGAAAAACGGAAUCGACCAAGUUGGUGAUGCAAUAUUUAGCAGCAGUAAACAGAGCACCCAGCAAUCUGGUAACGGAGCAGAUCUUAGAAGCAGCGCCGUUGCUGGAAAGUUUUGGCAACGCGAAGACACCCAGGAACGACAACAGUAGUCGUUUUGGAAAAUACCUAGAGGUUCACUUCCGGGAUGGCGUCAUCGUUGGAGGUCGUGUGACUCAGUACCUUCUGGAGAAGAGCCGAAUUGUCACUCAAGCCUCGGAGGAAAGGAACUACCACGUCUUCUAUGAGCUACUGGCAGGACUCGAUCAGCAAUUCAGAGAUAAAUAUGGCCUGCUGACCCCGGACAAGUAUUUUUAUCUGAAUCAGGGUGGCAGCUGCGAGAUUGAUGGGAAAAACGAUACUCAGGAUUUUAAGGCGUUGCUGUCAGCAAUGCAGGUCCUGGGAUUCUCAUCUGAUGAACAAGACACCAUCUUCAAGAUCCUUGGUAGCGUUCUUCAUCUGGGCAACGUUUACUUCCACCGGAAGCAGACCAGACAUGGUCAGGAAGGCGUCGAAGUUGGUUCGGAUGCUGAAAUACGCUGGGCUGCUCAUCUUCUUCAGGUCAAUGCUGAUGGCAUCAUCAGGGCACUGACUACUAAGACUACCGAGGCUAGAAACGAAAGAGUUUUCACGCCAUUAAAUAUCGAUCAGGCACUGGACGCUAGAGAUGCCUUUGCUAAGGCCCUUUAUAGCUCCUUGUUCUCUUGGCUUGUUGCUAGAGUCAAUCAUAUUGUUUAUAAGGGAACAAAGCAGACGGCUGCCAUUUCUAUUCUUGAUAUAUUUGGCUUUGAGAAUUUUACUGAGAACAGCUUUGAACAACUUUGUAUUAAUUAUGCCAAUGAGAAUCUGCAUUUUUAUUUUAACAAGCAUAUAUUCAAGUUGGAACAACAGGAAUAUGCUAAAGAGAAGAUCGAUUGGACCACUAUUAAUUAUACUGAUAAUCUUCCUGUUAUUCAUCUCAUUGCGAAAAAACCAGUUGGCAUUUUACACUUGUUGGAUGACGAAAGCAAUUUUCCAAAAGCAUCGGAUCUAUCUUUUUUGGAAAAGUGUCAUUAUAAUCAUGCUCUAAGUGAAUUGUACUCUAGGCCUAGAAUGAAUUCUGCGGAAUUUGCCAUUAAACACUAUGCUGGACAAGUUUGGUACAAUGUGGAUGGGUUUUUGGAUAAAAACCGAGACACUUUGAGACCGGACGUAGUGGAGUUGCUGAUAAGCAGUAAAAUUUCCAUGGUCAGUAAAAUGUUCCAACACGUAAGAACAACUCACGAGGCAAAUAAAACUGUGAACAAACCAAACGGAAGAUUCGUCACCAUGAAACCAAGGACGCCAACGGUCUCAGCAAGAUUUCACGACAGUCUCCAGCAAUUGUUGGAUUCAAUGACUCAAUGCAAUCCGUGGUUCGUACGCUGCAUAAAGCCCAACACAGAAAAAGCACCAAUGAAAUUCGACAUGCCAUGCGUCCUGGAGCAAUUACGUUACACAGGGAUGCUGGAGACUAUAAGAAUUCGUAAAACCGGAUAUCCGGUUCGACUGGUCUUCGCUCACUUCGUAGAUCGUUAUCGAUACUUGGUACCAAACAAUCUACCACGUGGUGCACCAAACAAAGAGCUCUGUAGAAUGAUCUUAGACAAGGCUGCACCUCAGGAUUCACAGUCUCAAUAUCAGUUAGGUCUGACCAGGGUAUUCCUGAGGGAAUCCCUGGAGAGGACUCUGGAGUACAAUCGUGCUUUGAUUCUGGAGAGAGCAGCAAUAACAGUGCAGAGGUACACUCGUGGAUUUUUGGCCAGAAGGCAAUUCCUGAACGUCUCACGAAGUACCGUGCUACUUCAGGCAGUGUACCGAGGUUAUCGCGAGAGACAGAAGUUCAGGGCCCUGAAACGGGGAGUGAUAAUGGCCCAGAAAUUGUAUAGAGGCAAAAGGGACCGUGAGAAGUUUGAAAUACUCAAGGAAGAAAUGGCGAAAAGGGCAGAGAUCGAGAAGGCCAGUAGAGAAAGGGCGAAGGCCAAACAACAGCGAGAGGAACAGGAAAGAGCAUCGAGAGCUGUUGCUGGUGUCAAUCAUCUGGAAAUACCAGCAGAGCUUGCUUUUAUCUAUUCCAAAUUAGACGAUUGGCAGCCAACCCACACUGAAAGAAAUUUACUUAAAGUCGUUGGCUCAGUGGUACCACUGCCGCACAAUUACACACUACCCUCUGAUGUGGACCAGCAUCAAUUUUCAAAAUUUACCAAUAUCUACUUCAAAAGCCAUAUUUUUGGUAUGAAACGAGAACCAAUCAAGACUCCAUUCCUGGCGAAGGCACGUGAUCAAGAUUACACAGACUCCCUGAUGAUUUUCAAAAUGAUCUUGCGCUUUAUGAACGAGAACAAUCUCAGUGGCAAAAGGGAACAGGCGCUAGGAGAUUACAUAGUAAACAAGGGAAUAGUCAAUGAAAAAUUAAGAGACGAAAUUAUCUGUCAAUUAGCUAAUCAAACUUGGAAAAAUGAUAACGAUGCUAAUAAAGAACGUGGUUGGUUGUUGCUGGCGAAUUGUUUGUCAGCUUUUCAACCCAGCAACACGCUCUUCAAGUACCUCUUAAAGUACGUCUCUGAUCAUGCCUAUGAUGGCUACAAGGCAUACUGCCAGCGAAAAUUACUUCAAGGCGAAAGAACAGUCCUCCGUGUGAUGAACAACAAUCAGCCAACGAUUUAUCAAGUCCCUAGGAAUUAUCCGCCUUGCGUGCUGGAAUGGCGUGCAAACCGUAACCGUGUGAACAUGGCUUUGGCUGUAGGAUUUUACGAUGGUGAGACAAUAACGUGCGCCGUUGAUUCUUGGACUACGUGUGAAGAACUUGCUGAUUUAGCUGUGCAAAAUCACGGCGUUGAUAAUUCCGGUUGGACGAUUACAUUGUGGAACCAGUUGGAUGGUCCAGAUGCAAUUGUAACGGAGACUAAUGGUUUUGAUUAUAUUCUGGAUUUAAUCUCUGAGAUGGAAUUGGCACCAGCUUUUCCAGCUGCGAAGCAUAUGUUCUUGGAACAACGUAAAAACAGUUUUCCACCAAUCAAAAAGCGAGAGCACGCACAAGUAAUUCGUGAAUUGGAACAAGAACUGGAACCACCUGUCUUGAAGACUUUCCAGCCCCUAGAAAGAAAAUCUGUACCAAAAGUCGUGGAAAAGGCUGUGGAGAUAGAAAUACAGUCACCUAGACGUCCAGCUGUUCCACCGCCGCAACCACCAGUUGCCAAACCAUCAGCUAGAAAACAAUCGCACGAGGCUGUUUUGGAACCCGCUGAAACUGGACUGUCAAGAAAAUCAGCCCUUAAUGAUAGAUACUUCGAAAAGGAGAAGCAGCGCAGUAGAAGCCUAGACAAUCUUCUUCAAUCGGAAGUAGCAACAGCACCCAGCAAGCUCACCAACCUAGGCUUGUCGUCGUCAAAAUUAAACGAGCGUUAUCACAGUCUAGAACGAAUAGGUGAGACCUCAGCCGUCAGCAACGCGGAGUACAUGACAAGAUCAGAAAUGAUCCAGGAACGAAAAUACAGUCGAAUAACAAGAACAACAGAACCGAAUAUCCUCGAAGAAGAAGACUUGACUAUCGAUUUUGAAUAUCCCGAUAUCCAAUCAGUCAGUCAAGCUGGAAGAUCUGAAGAUGACAAAAAUAGCUACAUAAGGUCACAGACCAGGUUCAUCAAGUCCCAGUAUCCAGGUAAAAGAGCUUUACCAGGUAGCCAAUCAAGUCGAGCAUAUAUAGAAAAGAGUGAAUAUGGCGUAAAGUCAUCAGCAAUGUCAGAUACGAGCGAAGCGCCAUCUUUAGCUUCGCAUGUGCGACGCGUCCGCGUCCCUAGUCAAGCAUCGGACGUGGACCAAUUUCUGGAUGAACUGUUCAUGCCGGUGCUGGAUGGAAAUCUGGAUGAGCUUUCGGACGCAAGAAGUUUGGCAGCAAGUAUAAAGGGCACUAGCGAUGAAAAGAGUUCAGCAACGAAGCAAAAGUCUGAAACAUUUGGAGAUUUCUUGAAUUGCGUAACCAGAGAUCCGUCGCUGGAUACUCAGACAGUACUGACCCCUGAUGAACUAUCGGUACGAAUAAAGGGUGGGGGUAAUAUGGAUAUUCCGAAUCAAAAUGCUGCAUUCAACUUCAAUCCUCUGGCACCGGGUAUGAUGUCACCGCCGAUGAUGAUGCCCAUGUUCAGUCCAGCUCAGGCUGUGGCAACACCGCAGAAUCCAACUGGCGUAAACAUGGGUCCAGGAUUUAUGCCAAUACCUAUCUAUAACAUGCAAGGUCUCAGUUUACCCCAGUAUCCAAAUUCGCCACCGAAUCAGAGCAACGACAUGACGGCUUAUCAGCAGAAUUUACAAAGAGCAUUUCUUCAGAGCGCGAUGGCUCAAAAUAUCCAGAUUCAGCAACAGUUGCUGGCCCAGAAUCAGGCCCUGCAGCAGUUGCUGGUUCAAAGUCCGCAAAAUGCGGCCCAGCAACCGGGCAUGGUGUACCCCGCGGGCCCCUCCAGCAUGAAUCUAGUCCCCCCAGCCCCAAAAAAUGAGGCCCAAAUGGGGCCCAAUGAUUCUAUCGGACGCUACUCGAAGGUGUCUUUUCGUGAACCGGAAGACGGUGAGCUCUGGUCGACGGAAAAGCGUGCAAUGCCGUCGCAAUCGACGCCGAUCAGUCAGCGCCAGGAGACCGUUACCGUUAAGGCCCAGGUGCAUCGCUCACAGAGUCCACAGUCUAGAAAGAAUUCGGACAUUGCGCGCAAGAUCAGCAACGACUACGGGCCGAGGAAAAUCAGUGGGGAAGGCCGGAAGACUUCGGCUACUUCCGAAAACAAACGAACUGGUGGGAACAAAGGAAACGUUCAGAGCAACUUUACGAAUGUUCUCAGUGAAUUGAAGAAUCGUAAAAGUAGUGUCGAGAGCAAUCUGUCAAGUUCCAGCAAUGGUAAGGGUGUUCCACCACCUCCACCACCGAUGCCACCACCAUUGGAGUCUCAUGAUCCAUCCGAGUCGAGACCAUUUUUGGAUCCUUAUGGAAGAGCUAAGACUGUCAGGAUUGGAAAAUGGAGGUGGCCGCCACCGAGCGACUCGAACGAGGCUCAGAGUCAAGAUAGUUUUAUUGAGUUCAAGAUGAGGCAGCAACAGCAACAGAGAAAGAUAACACCGCAGUAUCAGGAGUAUCAGGUGGAGGCUGAUCAAGCGAUGGAAGGUGGCGUCGAGUGGGAGGAAUUUGAAAUAGAAAAUAUUGUGGGUAAUGAGGAGAGGACUGGGGCCUCGGGUGGGUCUAGGCAUGAAAAUGGACACGGGAAAGAAGAUGGUGACAAAAAGAAAAAGAAAUCUAAAUCAGGAUUUGAAAUUGGCGCGCAAAGACCAUCGCCCGGAAGUAUAGGAAAGCUUAAGCUCAGUUCUGAGAUGCGUCAGAGGCUGGAAAAGGUCACGGCCAAUCACAGCGUUCGGUCUACCAAGACAACGGAAAAGCCAGCGCUGCCACGUGAAGACGGGAAAGUUAAGAGGCUCGAAGAUAACCGGAAACUGUUGCUGGAGCAGCAACUAGGCGGAAGAUGGGACGAUUACGCUUCAACGGCUGAUGACGCACAAAGCGUCACUUCAAAAGGUACAACGGAUAUGAUGACUCAGGCUCAAGUAGUCAGAAGUCAAAUUGAAAGAAUGGAACGACCUGUACCACCACCACCCCCAAUAACACCACCCCAACCACCAAGUCCUAGAGGAGGCAGUAUGUAUAACCACAGCCAAUCUGGAGUAGCACAGCCGCGCUCACCUCCCGCGCCAGUAGAACCGAAAACCCGUGAAACUUUCCGGACCUCCCCGGACUCGGACAUGUUCGAGCACUUCCCAAAGAACCAGCGCGACAUGUUCAGCCAAAGUCGAGACAUAUUUGCGUCCCAGCAGCAUCUACGAGAGUCCCACGAGUUCAGGGCUGAGUAUGAAAAAUCGAGAAAUCAUCAGGAGAAGCUCAAAGACUUCUACGGGAAGGACAGUACAGACUUGGCAAGUUCGACCCGAGACAGAAGUUCAGACUUUGACUCCAGGAAGGAUCUGAACUCUGACAUCUUCGAGCCUAAAUACUCCAGGGACGUCUUCGACAACGGUAACGUGAAGCGUGACGCCUUUGGCAUGAUGAGAGACGUCUCGCCAAAGUCAAGAGACAGCUUUGGGAUGCCGUCGUCCAGAGACUUCGGUGUGGUACCAAACACAAGAGAGUCGUUCGCAGUGACGCGUCAAACGUACAAGAAGAUGGACCGUGACCUUGACCGAAGAUCCAGCGUGGCCUCGACCCAUCAGACAGACAAGAUGGAGAGGAUCGAGAUCGAGGAAUGGCCUGAAUUUUUGAGACCGGUUCUUCCGCCGCAGGAGAAACCGGAAAUCGAAAAGGUCCAGGAGAUCGUUGACACUAAGUUAUAUCCUCAAACCUCGACAGCUCAUUUCACCUAUAAUCGUGUGACCUGGACCUUGAGAGUAAAAAAGGAAGUCUUUGCGCCAAAUGAAAAUCUCACGAGUCCCCUAGCCCUGCACCUCGUAUUCUGUCAAGUGGCGUACGACGUCCUUGCGACCUCCAGUAUCAGGAUCACCAAGGAGGACAGGCAGAACAUGUUAAAGAUGCUGGACAAUUAUGGUAUCACGUUGGAAAAUCUUCAGAGUACCCAACACAAAAUUACCAUAAAGAAAAACGUCGUCGACAUGGCAAAGCAAUGGCCGCUUUACUUUGCCAGGAUAUUCCCAGUUUCCAUUGGCCCACAGCAUCCGGAGGCUCAACACGUGGCAGUGUCUCAUCAUGGUCUCCGAUUAAUAAAACGCACCCCUAGUGGCGAUCUGUCCAUCUUGGAGACACUAGCCCUGGAGGACAUCGUCUCCGUGGGUUCGGUCAGGGCUGGUGUGUGUACCCUUCAAAUAUCUUCAGGAGUAAGACUGCCAUUGCACACAAGCAGGGCGCCUCAACUAGCAGAGAUGAUCGACAAGUACAUAAGAAUGACCGAGCAGAAGCCACCGCAUAAGUCGAUCCACCAUGACAACCAUAUUUCCCAGAUCACAAAAUCGAUCCAAUCACAAGCCAAUCACAAUACGUCAUCGCACCCGCCGUCGCACAAUCACUCGAAUCACGUUGCUAUAAGCAAUCAUGACAAUCAUUCAGCAGCCAUCCGCAUUCCAAAUCACAUAACAGCUACCAAUCAUAUGAAUAACCUGAACCAUCAGAAAAGUCAUCAGAAUCAGCACCAUAAUAUCAGCAACCAUAAUCAGAGCCAGAGCCCAAACCAAGAAUGGAGGCAGCAAGAGGAUACUGCUAGGAUACAGGAAGAGAGCAUUUAUGAGAGUGGUCCAGUUGUUAAUGACGGGAAACACUCUCUUUUACAAUACGCCAUGCUCAAUUUCCGGCAAAGUACCGAAAAAUUCGAGAUGCUGAAGACGGCGGACGGUUCUAUAAGUGGUUCCUUGAAAGUGAUAGAGUCCUUGAAGAGCAAGAAGAAGAACAAAAAGGGCAAAGGUCAGCAGGAUGGAGCCGAGUGGACUUGGAAGGAACAAGUUGAUCUUGUAAAGUACUCAGCUGUUCCCAUCGAGCACAGUUUGCUGAGACUUGAGAAUGACUUGAGCACGUUGGCUGUCGAGUGCUUCCUCUGCCUGAUGAGGUACAUGGGAGAUCAGGCACUGCCACCGGAUAUGAGUGAGGUCAAGUGUGUCUAUACUAUAUUGAUGCACUGUCACAAAUAUGAACCACUGCGGGACGAGGUCUACUGUCAACUGAUGAAGCAAACGACGAACAACAAGAGUCCAAAUCCUGACAGCUGUCAAAGAGGCUGGCGACUCUUCAGCAUCGUCGCUGCCUAUUUCACCUGCAGCGAAGGACUCAGGCCUUACCUGACAAAAUAUCUGGAAACAGCAGCAUACGAUAAGAGACGUGCUUAUCACGGCACGGCCACGGUCUGCUUGCAAAAUUUACGUAAAACCGUGAAAUACGGUGGCAGGAAGAACGUACCCAGUGUCGAGGAAAUCAUGGCGAUUAGCGCUGGUAGAAAUGCCAAGAGGCAAAUUUACAGAUUGCCUGGUGGUACGGAACGUGUUAUUAAUACCAAAUGUACAACUGUUGUUCAGGACGUUAUCGAGGAAAUGUGCAAUAUUAUAUCAGUAAGGAAUCCACACGAGAUGGAUGAAUUUUCAUUGUACUGCAUUGUUGAUGGCGAUGCAUUCACUAUGCCUCUUGCCAGGGACGAGUAUGUCCUGGACGUGACGACGGAGCUGCAUAAGAAUCAUCAGGUGUUUUACCUGAUCUUCUGCAGAUCCGUUUGGUAUUAUCCGCUUCGAUUGGAUGCGGCCUUGUACAUUGAGGUCGUCUUCAAUCAAAUAGCUCCGGAUUAUCUUGAAGGUCUCCUGUUGGUGCUACCUGGUGAACAUUUGCCAGAGGAAAUUAUCUACGACAUGGCUCAGAUCGCUGCCCUAUUGCACAGAGCAGCGGAUAUGACGCAUGAGCCAUCGACCAAGGAGAUAAAGUAUCUGCUUCCGAAACCUGCAUUGAGUCUACGUGACCCUCGACCUCAGCAAUGGGCCAACAUGGUGCAGCAAGCCUGGAACAAUGUGCAGCAUACUGCACCUGCAAGUUGUAAGGCACAAGUGCUGGAAAUCUUGUCAAAAUGGCCGUUAUUCGGAUCGAGUUUCUUUGCCGUGAAAAGAGUGCCCGAAGGAAAGGAGAAAGGUGGUGAUCAUAUUUUAGCACUGAACAGACAUGGCGUCCAUUUCAUUGAUCUGGUCACUCACGAAACACUUUACCAUUAUCCGUAUUCUGAGGUAAUAUCGACCCGUAAGGUCAAAUCAGAAGAAGGAACUUUGUACUUGGACAUGAAAUGUGGCAAUUUGAUGCAACAACGAAUCACAAGGCUGCAGACGGAACAGGCCCACGAGAUUUCACGACUGAUAAGACAAUACAUUACGAUGGAGCAAAGAGCAACGAACGGUCAAGGCGCCGGUAUCGGUUUUGGUCCGAGAUAAAAGCGUAUGAAAAAAAAAUAUAAAGAAAAAACUGAAUCCGAACAGAAAAAUCGAGGGCCAGUUAAUCAAGAAUCGCCCAUCGUAUUUGUUUUGUAUUAUUUAUUGUGAGGAUUGUUUAAAUGGCACGGAGAAAGGUUGCGAUAAAAAAAGUAUAGAUAUGUCCUAGAUAAUAAUAAUAAUAAUGCUCAAGUUAGCGAGAUAAAUUUUGUUUUCGGUCUCUGUAAAUACGUCUAGGAACGGAUAGUUAUUUACGUCUAGAAGACACGUAUUACGCUUUGACGUAAAGGAAAGAAAGAAAAAUAACACCUGAAUUCCUCGGCAUUCGAUAUUCAGGAAUAGGUUAGCUUCGUAUAGGAUUUUAGAAUUAAGGCGCGUCUCUAUUCGCAUUCUGCGCAAUGCUGAACAGUCCCUUGUCUUCCUUGUUAUCCUUGCGUCUUCCAUUUUACGUCGCACAACGAAUAUAUUUUUGAAAAAUCGAGAAUGUACGUAGAUACCCGAGGAGUCAUCGGAAUCGAGUUUAUAAGAUAAAUUAAAAAGAGAAAUAAAGAAAAGAUGGCCAACGUGUAUCCAGUAUAAUUAGUAUUGGCCUAAAGUCGAACUAACUGUACUCAAUAGAACAGUUUCAGCCAGUAAUCCUUCAAGUUAUGAAUAUUUGACAAUUGUUUUAUUUAUAAAUUGUAAGAAAGAUUUACAGAUUGGAAUUUUUAUUCCACGAGAAACAAAUAUAACUAUACUGUUAUAAAGAUUUACAAAACUAACACGAUUAAUUAUCAUGAUGAUACUUCAUAUGAGAGUGCAUGACGUACGCGUAUGUACGUCACGUGAAUGACGUCACGUUAACAUUAAAUCUUUACAUACCAAAACAGAGAAUCGCGAAUUUUCUCACCGUAACAAUUAAAAUAGUUUACUCGAAAUUUUGGUAAGUUCACCCAAAUUCCCAUUUACAGAUAAGCCUACUAAUUUCUAACUGUAAACAAAGAUAAAGUCCGUCAUGCCGGUCUGCUGUAAUACAUAUGAAAUAAAAAGAAAAUUCAAAUGAAA